UAAGGUUUGUAAUAAUAAUUCUGCAUUCAUUAGUACUUACCUCCAUUUUUCUCAUCAACCUCCAGUUUCCCUUAUCUGGCUUUCCUCCAAUGGGGAUGCCAAAGCCCCCAAGAGGAAAGCUACCUCUGUCGAUUCUUGCCAUCGCAAUCUGCGCGUUGGCUUUCCUCGUGCUGCUCUACACAGAGAGCAUCACCUUCUUCUCUCCAACCUCUAUUUUUAGGCUCAAGCCCUGUGCCAGAAGGUAUGCUGCCAAGAAAGCUGCCACAGAGAAAAAAAAAGUUGAUGCAGCAUUGAGACGUGCCACAGAUGACCGGUUUGAGUUUGACCCGAAAGAGUGCUCUCUCAAUCAAGGGAAAUGGGUGUUCAACCGUACUAAUAAGCCUCUGUAUACGGACACAUCAUGCCCGUAUCUGGACAGGCAGGUCUCGUGUGUCAAGAAUGGGAAGCGCGAUCUUGAUUACCAGAAAUGGGAAUGGAGGCCUGAUGACUGCAUAUUGCCUAGGUUUGAUCCGAAAACUGCACUGCUGAAGCUGCAAGGGAAGAGGAUCAUGUUCGUUGGGGACUCACUGCAGAGAGGGCAGUGGCAGUCCCUCGUCUGCCUAGUUGAAUCUGUGAUACCACAAGGGGAGAAAUCAAUGAAACGAGGGCGUAUGCAUAACGUGUUCAAAGCCAAGCAAUACAACGCAACCAUCGAGUUCUACUGGGCUCCGUUUCUCGUGGAAUCAAACUCGGAUCUUCACAUAAUAGCAGACCCAAAGAAGAGGAUUCUGAGAGUCGAUUCAGUAGCAAAGCAUGCCGAGCACUGGACAAACGUAGACAUCCUGGUAUUCAACACAUAUGUUUGGUGGAUGAGUGGUCUGAAGAUUAAGUCACUAUGGGGUUCAUUUGCAAAUGGUGAAGAAGGAUUUCAAGAACUUGAUGCCUCUGUUUCGUACACAUUAGGACUCAAGACAUGGGCAAAUUGGGUGGAUUCAAAUAUAAAUCCCAAUAAAACAAAGGUGUUUUUCACCACAAUGUCUCCUACUCAUCAAAGGAGCGCAGAUUGGGGCAACGAGAAAGGCAUCAAAUGCUUCAACGAGACGAAGCCGAUCAGAAACAAAUGGCACUGGGGAACCGGCUCCGACCUGCGGAUCAUGAGAGCCGUCGUCGACGUGGUCGGAAAGAUGAAGACUCCGGUGACGAUGCUGAACGUGACUCAGCUGUCGGAGUACAGAAUCGAUGCCCACUCGUUAAUCUACACUGAAUCGGGGGGAAGAUUGUUGACGGAUGAAGAGAAGAAGGAUCCAUUGCACCACGCAGAUUGCAUACAUUGGUGUUUACCGGGAGUCCCCGACACUUGGAAUCGGAUUCUCUACGCGCAUUUGCUCUUCGUGUAGAGAGACUACGAUGCAUUUCGCAUUAGUGUUUCGUUUCAAAUUUAAUUGUAAAAUUUCCAAUGCGUUAUUCAGGCAACAGGUGAAUGAUGCAUGCUUUACGUAUGUAAGAGCCAAAAUUUGCACAAA